ACAAGGUAUUUCUGUUGCUCAUGCUGUGCAAGUGCGGAGUUGCUAGCAUUACUUCUAAGUACUUUAAAAACCGCCCCGAAUACAAUGAUAUGAGUGUCAAUGGUUUACUGGAGGAACCCAAUGUGUUGAACAGAGUACAUUGUGGGGUGCUCUGCUUAAAGGAUCGAUGCUUGGCGUUCAUCUAUAAUCCCAAUACAAGGGUGUGCCGCCGUAGUUCGUCCCUCCCACAAGCACACGAGGUAGACGUUCCUGAAACGGGUGCACGGUUCUACGAAACAGGAGUUUCUGCAGAAACACCUCCAGCAGCAAAUCCCCACAAUUGCUCCGACAUGAAACAAUGUCUUCCGGGCGCCACGGACGGUGAAUACUGGAUCUACUCACCUACCCUCGGCAAUAAGAAGGUUCGAAUCUACUGUCACAACAUGACAGGUGUCCCCAGCGAGUAUGUGACCUUGGUCCAUGCUAACCAGGGCGACUACGUACCCCUCAAAGACCCUGAAUGUGACGGAAUCGAGGAACCGAUGACCGGUGUCAGAGCUGGGGUUACAAGCUUCUCGAGGGUCAAGAUCAACAUUGAGAAUAUGACCGUAAUAAAAAACGACUUCGAGUUUGCAUCCUCAACGGGCAAACCCAACCAGUACGGGCUGGGCCGGGACUGCUACAGCCGCCAUUCUGGAAAUGUUCGGAAUACGUGUGGACCCAAGGGGACAUUCCUCAUAGACACCAGAGGGACCGGACUGUUGAUCAAUAGAAAUAUAGUGUGGAAAUACAUGAACGCUCAGUCUUGGGGAAUGGUAGUACGUUCCCACAAUGGAACCGUGAUCGAGGUUCAUGGAGGCGGGUUCUGCGGCGGAUUCGAGCCAGCGACAGACCUACAACUCCAGAUUAACACGGACGAAGAUCUGGAUGCACUGAGUGCAACAAGCUGUUAGACUGGAGGAGGGAGUUAGAG